UUUAAGGGGCAUUAACGUAAAUAUGAGCAAAACAACAUCUUCUCUUUUUCAACCAGUUUCUGUUUCUCUCGCGUUUACAAGACGUACACUUUUAUCUCAUCUCAUCUCAUCUCUCUCUCUCUCUCUAUCUCUCUCUCUCACACACACACACACACACACACACUAAUAUCCAUACAACAGGAUUCAAUUCACUUCAAUCCAAUAAAUUCCCGAUGUCCGCAACCUCACAAUUAUUUCCGGCGCCGGCGCCGCCGUUGAUAACUCCGGAGAUCCGAAUUUAACUUAUCUCCGGCGACUCUUUCACGAUGGUUUACGGUGAGAUCCAGAUUUUAUCUUGCCGUUAUUGUAUUCGGAUCUCAAUAAUGAAUCAUAAUCUUGGUUGAAAGAUUAUAACGUUUUAGAUGGCUUUUGAUCGAUUUAAGUGAUGCGACGUCGUUUCAUACAUGAUUUAGGAACAAUUGAUACUUGCAUUGAAAAGUCAAAAUUGGAUUUGGGUUAUUGGGAUAAAGAUUAAAGAGGUAUAGCAGAUUCAAAUUGGGGGUUUGUUUGUUUGUUUGUUGUUGAAUUUUUUUGGGUAUACAUAAAGUCAUAAACUUUAAUUCAAAGAUGAACAAGAAUAAUUCUUCCUUUGAAUAUUUGUUGGAGGAAGAAGAAGAAGAAGGAAAUGGAAUAAAAAGAUUGAAGAACAAUGAAGGAAAGUAUGAUGAUGGUCAGAUGAGAUAUAGAUCAAAUGAUUCUCUUCUUCCUGGGAUGUGUGAUGAUGUGGCUUUGAUAUGUCUUGCUUGGGUAUGCCGAUUCGAUUACUCGUCGUUAUCGUCGCUUAAUAUGAGGUUUAAUUCGCUUAUAAAAAACGGGUAUUUGUAUGAGUUAAGGAAGCAGUUGGGGAUAGUAGAGCAUUGGGUGUACAUGGUUUGUGAUCCUAGAGGGUGGGAGGGGUACGAUCCGGUUAGUAAAAACUGGAUGAGGUUGCCGAAAAUUCCUUGUGACGAGUGUUUUAAUCAUGCGGAUAAAGAAUCGUUGGCUGUGGGUGGUGAGUUGUUGGUUUUCGGGCGGGAGCUUUUUGAGUUUGCGAUAUGGAAGUAUAGUUUGGUUCGUAGGUGUUGGGUGAAAUGUGAGGGGAUGAAUCAUCCUCGGUGUUUGUUUGGGUCGGGGACGCUUGGGUCGAUUGCUAUUGUCGCAGGAGGAAGUGAUCAAAAUGGGAAUAUUUUGAGUUCUGCGGAGUUGUAUGAUUCAUCGACGGGUAAAUGGGAAAUGUUGCCGAAUAUGCAUUCACCGAGGAGAUUAUGCUCCGGUUUUUUUAUGGACGGAAAGUUUUACGUGAUAGGAGGGAUGACGAAUCCCAAUGAUUCGUUAACGUGUGGUGAGGAGUUUGAUCUUAAAACAAGAAAAUGGAGAAAGAUAGACGGGAUGUAUCCUAAUGUAAACCGGGCUGCACAAGCGCCGCCUCUUGUUGCGGUUGUUAGUGAUGAGUUAUACGCAGUUGAGUAUUUAAGCAAUAUGGUUAAGAAAUAUGACAAAGUUAACAACUCGUGGGGUGUUUUGGGAAGACUUCCGGUUAGAGCUGAUUCAUCUAACGGUUGGGGUUUGGCUUUUAAAGCUUGCGGUGAACGGCUUCUAGUGGUUGGUGGUCAAAGGGGUCCAGAAGGUGAAACCAUUGUUCUUAAUUCUUGGAGUCCAAAAUCAGGGGUCAAAGAUGGCGUUUUGGACUGGCAGGUUCUUGGCGUUAAAGAACAUUCUGGAGUAUUCGUUUACAAUUGUGCCGUGAUGGGCUGCUGAAGACCUAACCAUAGGUAAUCUUAAGUCUAAACUUAUAUUUAUCAGGGUUAACUUUGUCAAAUUGGCCGCCACUUUUUUUUCAAACGUUAUUGUAAGUCAAGUUCGGUACUUUCAUAAUCUGCAGCCUGUUUAGUCACAAGGGCUUUUCUUCAUUGUUUUUUGUUUUUUUUUUAUUUUUCAUAUCUUUUGUGUGCUUUCUUUGUUCCUUGGCAGCCUACUUGUUGUGCCAAUAAACUGCAAAAGUUCAUAAUGAGGUUCAUGUUGACUUUA